GCGUCGGCGCGUCGUACGUAUUUUAGAAGGCGGAAGGCUUGCAUUACCUGUAUGGACUUCGACAAUCCUGUGUGGCGUGGUAGGCUACUGAACGACACCUCACACUCAAACAACUAUCUCAAACUUAAACUUGGGUCCAUGUUGUCAUCGACUAAAAGCCGAAAACAAUAAGUAUUUCCCCGCCUCAAUAGCCAAUUGACUUGACUGGCAGCGAUGGGUCAGAGUUCUGAUACUUUUUGUUAGGAGGACAACUCGCGGACUACCCCCCCGUGGAUCUCGCACGAGCUCAGUGAUCAGGAUGAUACCAGUAACUGAGUUCCGGAACUUUGCCUCAUCACAGAACCCCGAGUUCCGGGUUCUAAAGCCAUGGUGGGAUGUGUUCUCGGAAUACCUAUGUAUCGCCAUGCUCAUGAUCGGAGUGUUCGGAUGCACCUUACAGCUCACCCAGGAGAAGAUCUCCUGCCUUCCCAGCCAUUUCUCCAGCUCAACUCCAGAGGCCAUCGAUUGCAGCCACAUCCGCAGCCACGGCGAGAACGAGACAUGGGAGCACCAUACCUUAGUCAAGCCCGUCAGCCCUAUCAUCCGGGAGGUGUACGGACGCAAGAACAACCUUGACAUCCACCAGUACGUCUUCGUCAACCAUUACUGCUACGAACGAGCCGUGCACUGGUACGGCAAGUACUUCCCCUACCUGGUGGUAAUCCACACAUUGAUCUUCAUGGUGGCCAGCAGCUUCUGGUUCAAGUUCCCUGGAACGUCGUCCAAGAUCGAGAUCUUUGUCACCAUCCUGGGGAAGUGUUUUGACUCGCCAUGGACCACCCGGGCGCUGAGUGAGGUGUCUGAGGAGCGUGGCGAGGAAAAGAUGGUGAUUUGGAGGAAGAAUACCAUUUCGAAGUCAAUGGCAUCGGCGUUCGCUGCCUCGCCGGACAGUGAGCCAGGGGCGGAGGAGGAGAUGGUGGGACUUCUCCGGCAGUCGUCCAUCAAGUCAAAUCCAGAGAAGAAGAACCCAGAACUACAGGCAGCGGAUUCACUCUUGGACAGGAAGGAAGGGGAGCAGGCUAAAGCUCUGUUCGAGAAGGUGAAGAAGUUCAGAACUCAUGUGGAGGAGGCGGAUCUGCUCUAUCUGAUGUACGUUCUCCAGACCUCCCUCAAGGUCUUCAAGUUCGUCCUCAUCACCUGUUACAGCGCUGCAUUGGUCCCCAACAUUGAGAUUGUAGUUCGUUGCUCAGUUCCUCCGGAGCUGACUGGCUUCGAAAUCUACUGCUGCAACCACACCAAAGCCCACCUCUUCUCCAAGCUGUGCUACUGUUACAUCUGCUUUGUGGGAGUCUACGGACUUCUGUGCAUCUACACCCUCUAUUGGCUCUUCCAUCGACCUCUUAAAGAGUACUCCUUUGAGCAUGUUAGGCUGGAGACGGGUAUCAACGACAUCCCAGACGUCAAGAACGACUUUGCGUUCCUCCUCCAUCUCAGCGACCAGUACGAUGCGCUCUACUCCAAACGCUUCGCCGUCUUCCUCUCCGAGGUCAGCGAGAGCCGUCUUCGCCAGGUCAACCUCAACCACGAGUGGCCCGGCAAGAAGCUACGGGGACGCCUCUCCCGGAACGCCGACAACCGUCAGGAACUCCAUCUCUUCAUGCUCCCGGGUCUCCCCGACACCGUCUUCGAUGUCCCUGAAGUGGAAUCUCUCAAACUGGAGCUGCUAAACAACGUGACUAUUUCAUCCAGUGUAAUCCAGCUAGGUUCUCUCCAGGAGCUGUCCCUCAUCCACUGCCCUGCCAAGCUCCAGCUGGCUGCCCUGACCCACCUCAGAGAGAACCUCAAGGUCCUCCGGCUAGCCUUUGAAGGACUGGAGCAGGUACCAAUGUGGAUGUACACACUUCAGAGUCUCGAAGAGCUCCACCUGAGUGGCACUUUGACCCACGAACUCUCCCGCAGUGCAACCUUAGACUCCCUGAGAGAACUCAAAGCUCUAAGAGUCCUGACGCUUCGCAGCCGCCUAACCAAGAUCCCUCCGAGUGUUGGGGAUGUGGCAGUCAACCUCCAGCGUCUCUGCAUCUAUAAUGAGGGCCUCAAACUACAAGCCUUCAGCAGCCUAAAGAAGUUGACCAACCUGGCCUCUCUGGAGCUGAUAGGAUGUGAGCUGGAGCGCAUCCCCAGCGCGGUCUUCAGCCUGUCAAGCCUGCAGGAACUGGACCUGAAGGAAAACAAGCUGACGACAGUAGAGGAGAUCUUGAGUCUACAACAUUGCCGGCGCCUGGUAACUCUUCGUCUCUGGCACAACGGCAUCACCUACAUUCCUGAGCACAUUGCUAAGCUGAAGUCCUUAGAGACGCUGAACGUCAGUUGGAACAAGCUCCGGAAACUUCCGUCACGUCUCUUCUACUGCACCAAGCUCCGGCACUUGAACCUGUCCCACAACCAGCUCACGUCGCUACCAGCCGAGGUAGGGAUACUCCAGAGUCUCCAGUUCUUCUCAGCAGCCUUUAACUCCCUGGAACAGCUGCCGGAGGAGCUGUUCUCCUGCAAGAGGCUCAAGACUCUGGCGUUGGGAAACAACUGCCUGCUCUCGCUUAGCCCCAGGGUGGUUAACUUGGCCCAGCUAGUGCGCCUGGAGCUCAAGGGGAACAGACUAGACUCUCUACCUCCGGAGAUAGGGGACUGUCCCCUUUUGAAGACCAGUAAUCUUGUGGUAGAGGACAACCUGCUGGAUCUACUGCCGUCAGAUGUACGGAGCAGGAUGAAAGACAGUUGAGAGACAGUUACUUUGCUUACUUGAAAGGGCCUUUUACUCCUCCUGGUGCAUAGGCCGCUGACAACAAUUGAGAGAUAGGAUAAAGGGUCAGGUUUGGUUGCACUUGAUUGGUCAGAGAUGUCAGCUCCGUGGGAAAGGAUUGGACCUCUGAGUGGAUUAGCAGUUGUGAUGACAUGAGGGAUUCACUUUUUUAAAGGCAAAUAAGAGCCCAAAAUUACGAGAGGACAUGUAAGGACGGAACUAUGGACAUACUAUGGUAUAUAAGGUUCAAGAAAGGACCUUUUGGAGGAACAUACAGUAUAGCAAUAGAAUAAUUAGCAAAUAUAAUAUAUUUUGGUCAAAUCCUUUUCAAAUCAUGUUCACCUACUUAUUGCCAAGACUGUACUUUUAAACAUGUUUUUUAAUACAAAGAUGUCUAUCAAAUUGUCCUUGAUGAAAUGUAAUCCUUAAAGCGUAUGUCAUAUGAUGAUUCUCUUUGUUCAUUUAACUUGCUGGUGGCUUGGACAUCGUUGCUCAUGAAGGCUGUCUUGCAGGCUUGUUAAGGGCACUAUUCAAUCUGUAUCACUGAAGUGUAUUGCACACUAGAAAUACUGUAAAGGUUAUUCCCGAUUGAGCUGACCAAUGCAAAGUUUACCGUGAAUGCAGCCUCCACUAACUCUGAAUUUCCAUGAUAUGGAUUGAUUAGAGCCUUAAGUUUACAUAGAAACACUAUCAAAGUGAGUUACUGUUUUAUGCCAUAGAAAGGAUGGAGGAUGAUAUGAACACACAUGAUACAAGGUAGUGGGAGGAAAACAUCUAAGUAUCAGUUUCUCCCUUCUCAAAGAUUAUACCUCCCUUGUUCAAUUUAUUUACCUGCUAGAUUAGUGGUGUACUGCGAGAGGAAUCAUAUAUUUCUGAGAUCUCUAAAGAGAGAACUUCAGUUGCAUCCAGCCAGAGGGGAAAAGAGAUGGGGAUCCUGUAUCCUGUUCAACUGGUUGUUUCAUACAAAGGGUUCUUGUAUCACUGUCAUGGAGAUGUGACAAACGCAGAGUGAAAUCUUUUCAAUGCCGGUGCCUUGGGAGUUUGACCUUUUCCCACAUUAACUGAGUGACUUGGAGAGUAACUCAUUGAAUGAAUGUUUUUCAUUGUGUUUUAUGCAUAUCAGUUGAAACUAGAUGGAGGCCAAUUCAACUAGCUAAUCAUAUACAGUAAUACUGUAAGCUUCAUUAUGAUACACUGCAGUACAUUCACAAAGUGAAACGUGUUAUUUGACAAUGUAGUACACCACAACAACACAAUGAUGACACUGGUAGGCAAUGCAAAAAUGUAUUACACAACGUUUGUACAAUCCACCUGUAAUGAGUGAAUGACGUGGACCCAAGUGAAGCUUCCUUAUUCCUU